CGCGUCCCGGCUCGGGGGUCCCGUCUGUGCUCGGUCCCGAGGUGGCUGCGCUCGGCUGCAGCCCGUCUUCUCCAGGCACCCCUCGACACGAGUGGGUGGGCUUGAGUGCGGGGAGCCGAAAUUUCCAUCCUCCCGAGACCCCGCCAGCAUCAUCACACACCGGUGAAUUUAAGGCAGUUUAUGAUCGCCUAGCCUUUUCUACUUUCAAGAUGUCACUGCUUAGCUGCAGCUUAAAAGCUCCUGAUUUGACCUGAGCAAAAAUUACUUAGGUGAGGUAUCUCGUGGGACGAGGAUGCUAGACCUGCCAGGCAUUGGCCUGGACAGGACUACAGGGAUCAUCUAAACCAGACUUUUGCUCUGAAUGAGAAAUAGUUAACAUGGAGAUACUUAUUUAAAAUAUUCACAAACUUAAGGAUAUUUCAUUUACUCACAGGAAAAGGUGGACAAAGGAUGAAUCACUUCAUGGUUCUGGCACUUCUGCUCCCCCUACAGACUUACUACGCUGCAUACUCACAGCAAGGAUCCGAUGUGUUUCCAGUAACGUACCUUAAUGUUUCCAAGGAUUUGGCUCUCCAGAAGCUGCUGGUGGAGUGGGAUGUUGACAAGUCAGCACAUGAUGCUAAGCUGGCAAUGUCUUUUGAAAUACAAGUCAGUCGAACAAGUGAAACUACUGUGUGGACUGGGUUUCAUAAUGUCACACUUGAUAAAUUAGGAAAGCCUCUUCACUGGACAUGGCAUUCAGACAUACCUUUGGAGUGUAUGUCUCAUGCAGUGAGAAUCAGGAGCAAAGCAGAAAGAUCAAAAACCUGGAGUCAGUGGAGUCUGUGGGAAACCGUCUUGGGCCUGGACACUUCAAAUAGCAGUGAACCACAAAUCUUUCCAAGUAAAAUAAUUUUAGAGGAAGGCUCUGAUAUCACUUUUUGUUGCAUUGGAAGGAAAGGUCAGACCAUUAGGGAUUUCUCUGUACUGCCAGCUGUUCGUGUUUUCAAUCGCACAAACAGUCAGCUCAGACUUCUCACUGUGAAAAAUGUGAGCCAUCAUGAAGCGCCUCACAUCCAUCUCUGCUGUACUUACAGUGAAGAUCACUGCUCAGCUCAUAAAGUUUACCUCGUGGGUAGAGCACCUGAUGCACCUAAAGAUCUUUCCUGCCAAACUCAAGACAUGAGAAUAGUAACAUGUACUUGGAGCCAAGUAGGAAGCACCUAUCUCUAUGGGAGGUAUUCACCAAAAUACACCUUGUCUGCAAAAUCUUCCCAGAAAAUGGUUCAGUGCACACCAAGUCGUUCCAAGCAGUAUGCAUGUUCUUGGGAUAUAGGCCAGCAGAGGAUCUGGAAUGUCACAGUGACUGUGGAAAACCCACUGGGAAAGAAAACUGCCACGGAUGUUUUUAAUGUAAAUCACAGAAUUUAUCCUACUGCACCUUUCCAGGUGUGGGAAAAAUGCACAGAUACAGAAAUCACAUUAUACUGGAAUUAUCAAAGCAGUGGAAUUGAACUCUUUUGUCAGACUGAAGUGCUCCACCCCGAUGGGAAAGUUGAACUGCACAACAGUUCGGACAGGCAUUCCCCUCACAAGAGCAUCUCCGUGGGUGGGCUGCAGCCCUACACGGAAUACACAGCGAGGGUUCGCUGCGGGGCAGCGAAGCAUUUCUGGAGGUGGAGUGAGUGGAGCGAAGCCCGGACUAUCAGAACAGAGGAAGCAACUCCAUCAGGGAAACUGGACAUGUGGAGAGAAAUUGUACCAGUUCUGGGGGGAAGAAAUGUGACCUUGUUCUGGAAGCAAACACCAGGUUUUCGAGCAAAUGGAAGAAGUAUUUCAUAUGAAGUAACCUGGGAAAAAAUAGAAGAUGGCUCUGUGCCUGAAAGCAUCUCCUUGUCAUCAGUCUACAAUAGCACAAGGAUUUUCAUUGAUAAGCAUUCCUACAAAAUCAGUAUCAUGGCAAUGAAUGGUGUUAAUUUUUCACUUCCUUCAGUAUUGGUCAUCUCUAGAGCUACAGAUAACAGUACUGAAGAGCUUAAGGAAGAACAGGUUAAUGGUACAGAUGAUGGUAUUUUUAUUUCCUGGAAGCCCAGAUAUAUAUAUGACAGUUACAUUAUUGAUUGGUGUAACUUUCCAAAGUUGCAGCCUUGUGAUUUGCAGUGGAAGAGAUUUGGGCCCAACACUUCCAGUGCUGUGAUCAACUCAGCUGCUUUUGUUCCGGGGGUGAGAUACAACUUCCACGUCUAUGGAUCUGUUGCUAAUAGAGCCUCCUUACUGGAAAAGAAGACUGGUUAUCUCAGGGAGCUACCUCCUCUUGACCUUAUUGUGGACAAAGUUGAACUGACUUUCAAUGCAGUAACACUGUCUUGGGAUUCUUACCUCACAAAUGAGUCACAGCCAGGUUUUGUGAGAGGCUACCAUGUCUAUGUGUCACCUGUAGAAGGGAACUGCAGUUUAAAAGGAUCAAAAAAGCACAUUCUUUCAGAUAAUUCAGAGCUGUGUAAAUACACAAUUGAAAAUCCAGAAAAAAAGAGAUACACUGUGGAACACCUGAUGUCAAACACAAAAUACAAACUAGUGGUUAAAGCAUACACAGGUGGAGGAGAGAAUCACAUUGAUGACUUCAUGUACAUAGACACACCAUAUAACUCAAACAUGCUGUACUUCCUAUUCCUGCUAGUGAUAGUUCCAACCCUAGUAGCAGCUGUAUGCCACUGGAAGAAGAAAUGGGUGAAGGAGUGCUGCUGUCCUGCAAUACCUAGUCCUAACAAGAGCAAAGUGCUGUCAUUCAAAGAGUUUAAGAUUGGUUCUGAGAAAGUGCUGAAAAUAAGUGACUGCACUCCUGACAUGCUGGCUGUGGACAAUAAGGCUGAAGCCCAGAAACUACAUCCAUGGAGCAAGUUGUCUUCGAUACCAACAGAAGAUAAGACUGAUGGUCACAAUUCAUCCUGGAUUUACCCUAAUGAAAAUGUAGAGAGAGACCUUCCACCCACACCUACAUCUCAAACUCGUAAUUGGUUUGAAAAUUUUGCUUAUUUUUCUCAUCUUGAUGUUGAAUCUGAUCCCUAUCAAAUACCGGAGACAGUGGAAGUGAACAAGCCAGAGCUGGCAGCAAUGCUAUACCAGCCACACUGCUAUAUUGAUAUUGUUAAUGAAGACACAGCCUCAGCAACCAGAGAAGCAGCUGGCAGAAAGAAUGGUCUGAGAUAUAUCUCACAGACAAAUGUGCACUGCCUGGGGAGAAGGCUUUGAUGUACUCUCCUCCACUGAGUCCACCCAGUGUAUGAUUACACAAUGUAGAUGAGAACUUCUUUUGAUUAGGCUCUCACAAGCUCAACUGCCGUGCUUUGACUAGUUUUAAGUACUGGCUUGCACACAGGAAUAAUGUGUGUUAUGGUUUCAUUACAAGUUUAUGGGGAUUAUAUAAUAUUUAUAGACCAUUUUGUGGCCUGUAUUGUGUAGAAAGCUAGAUCACAGCAGUCUUGUCAUAGCCCGAUGUAGAGAACUGCUGUGUUUUACAGAGAUAAAUUUAUUCAUAAAGUAGAGGACCAAAUUAAACAAGGGGAUAGGUUGUUGUGCUCAAGGAAUUUAUUUCACUUGCAGUACACUACCCCAUGCUCUGGCCACCCCAACCAGGGGUGCUGUGCUGCUGGGCAUGGAGCAUUACCCAGCCCAGUGAUAUUGAGGGAUUUUAUUUUCUGUCUCUUAAGUGAUAUAAGAAAUCAUCAUAGAAAGGUUAUCUGCAUACGUGUGGCACAUGAUUAGAGAUUUUAAGGAAUUUGACUUCUCUAGGAGUGCUACCCAGAGCACCAAAAUCCAGUAAUUGCCAUGCUUUCACUGCACCUGUGUCCUAAUGACACUUGUUGGGUGAAAGAGCACAAGCCCUUGUUGGGUGAAAGAGUGCAAGCCCCUGCUUCUGUUUUUUGUCACUGGGGCUCAUCACACUUCUGCCUUCUCUGCCUGGAAGACUGACCUUGUAAAGUUGUCUUAACUAUACACUAAAGAAAUAUGGGGAACUAUGUGGGAAGUUCUUUUUGCAGCAGGAAAGCUGUUUGCAGAGGUGGUACCAUGCACUCUCUCUCUGCUUUUGCACAUGAACUGAACUUCUUUUGGCAUUAACGCCUGUACUUCCAGAGCAAACCCCAAAUCACCAACAUGUAAGCAGAAAGGGUAGUCAGAGGUGUAUGUGUCCCAUUUGUGAAGAAUGUCAUAUUCAGGCUGUGUAUCAGCUAAUCUCCCAACACUGCUUUUGUAUGUGUUAAAAAAAAACCAAACCAAACAAAAAAAAAACUAAAACCCCAGACCAAAACAAAAACCAACCAACCAAAUUAUUGUAACAAUCAGAAUCCCUACAGUAGGCAGCAGUGAAUUUGGCCUUUCAUUUUGAUUUCAAAAAAUCAUAUAUUUGUAAUGAUGCAGUAUAUUUGGAAUCGUAGUUGAAAGUCUCAUUAACCUCCUCAGUGCACAAGGAACCCUUUAGUUUUUCAUCCUUACGAUGCAGUUUGGAAUCUGUUACAAAUAGAUUUUUCAACUAAAGAGCACUGAAGAAGCGGUUCCCAAAGGUGAAAAAAAAUGGAAGGUCUCUGCCAAUUUGAUCUUCAGUUAAGGAAGACUAGUAACUACAUUUUAGCAAACUGUUUAACCAGCCAGCUAAUCACACUUCCUAGGAACUAAGCAGCUGCAGGCAGAAGUGAGUUCUGAUACUGAACCACAUCUAGUUUUUACACUGCUGAUUACAGAUAUUGUUGUAAUGUCCACAAGCUAUGUUGCAACAGGAAAAGCAGUAAGACCUUACACAGCCUAUGGCUGAGACAAAGCACUCACUGCAGCGAGGGAAGUUUUCAGGGCAGGAAAAGGUGAGGUACAAAGGUACAGACACAGGGAUGGCCAGCUGUGGUCAGAGGUGUCCAGUCCAUGCACACUGUGCUGUGUGAGUGUACAGAUGGCACAGACUCAUUUGACAAGAAAAAUUACAACAUAGUCCUUCCUGUGAACCUUCCAAGGGAAACACGGCUGGACACAUUUUGCUGAAGGGCAGUUUCACAAAAGAACAGGGAGGUAAGGGAGAAAGCUGAUGCUGUUCAAUGGAAACACCCCAAAGAAACUUUUCUUCCCUCUACCUCUGAGUUACAGUGAAUUUGAAAGCUUGAUACCACAGUAUCGUUACAGCUUGGAACAUUUCCUUCUCCAAAGUGUUUCAUCACAUCAUAUGUACUUUAAAAGUUCUACUGCUGGAAAGGCAGCCAGUAAACAGAAGUGAGCUGUUUUGUGACUAUUGAUAUAAAACUUCUUAGCUGUGCAUUUCAGAAAAAGGCCUGUUCAUUCAAAAAAGUUUGAAAGGUAUCCUAAAUCAAGAGUUAUGUAGCUAAGGAAUUCUGAUACACAAGUCAGUCAACAUACCACUAAACAUUUUAAAAUUUGGCAUUGCUGCAAUUCCUUGUGUCAGAGGGGACAGCUGCUGCAACAAAGCACAAAUCCCUGCUUUGAAGAAGCUGCUGUCACUGGGGCUUGGCUGCAGCAAUUCCACCCAGGAAGUGAAUGGGGGAGGUGACUGUGUGUGGGUUCAGCCAGUUGUGCCUUCCUGAAGGCAGGACGAGCCACAUUAACCUGCCAACCUCUCAGCUCCCUGGGUCUUUCCUGGGGAGAUGCUGCACUGAUGAAACUUCAGUAUCUGGACACAGUGAAACACUUGACCAGGUACCAGACUGCUGGGUGAGCUAAGGAGAAGCCAACUGCUCUUUCCCUAUAAACCCUUUUGUUUCCCAGCCCUGAUGGGUGGUGCUUUGUGCAUAAAAGCACAGAGACAGAGGAUUCCAGGGAGGAUAAUGCCUCUGUGCAAAUCAGAGGGUGCAGUUGGGGUGCCAGAAUUGAAGAUUAGGAAAGUAUUUUUGCAUGCGUGGGGAAGCAUGUAAAAUUUUUAUACACUAAGACAUCUGUCUUGCAUUAAUGGCUGAAUGAGUUCAAAAGUGUAAUCCUCUUUUUUUUUUUUUUUUUUUUAUAAUUCAACUUUCACAGCUGCUGUUGAAAUGCUAAUACUUAAACCAUCACAUAAUGGAAAAGUAUUCUCAGUAUCAGUAUGAUAAAGUUUUAAAAUAAAAAUGGUGUGCAAACUAUUAAA